AUCAAAUGUGUUGAAUUUUUUUGUAGAUAGUUUUUUAUUAGAAUGUAAUUUUACAUUUGCUAAUUAGUGGUUGAGCACAUUCUUCUGUUUAAUGUAUAAUACAAACCAUUAAUGAUGAGUGAGAUGUAUAUGAGCAUGCAUAAGUUGAUAAAGCAUAUUUUAUUCACAUAAAGACAACAGUUUGUUACUCCAACAAGGUUGUUGGAAGAUAUUGAAACAAAACUGGCUAAAUGGACAUGACUAUCAGUAAAUCCCAGCGAUCUUAAAAUAACAAUAUUGUCACCAUUACAUACUUAAGCAAAAGGUGCUUUUGGGAAAUGUAGCCCAUUACUUGGUCACUAUUAAGGAGUUGUCCAAAAAUUAGAGGGGUUUCAUUUGACAUUUGAUAGAGACUUUAGACAAUUACGUAAGCAGUUAAUUAUCAACUCAUGGUCUUUACCUUGGAUGUAACUCCCAAGAGCAAAUACGUUUGUUUUUCAAGGAGGGAUCAGGGCUCAUAUACAGCAGAUGACAAAUAGGUCUAGUCCAACAUCUUUCAGCUUUCUCAAGAAUACAGACAAAGCAUAAGAAAUGUCGGCAGUAAACAACAGUUCUUAUUGGGCUAGGAACUGCACCUACCCCAGUGAUUUGGCCCUUCCUUUGGUUCCCUACAUGGACUGUCCCUCCAACCGCAUGUACGCCUCCAACUUCAUACCUUUAGUCUUUUACACACUUACCAUCCUUGGAACAGUUGGAAACCUCUGGAGCCUGUGGGCUUGCCUGCGUCCAUCCCAACCUUGGAGUAUUGGGUCCAUAGGUGUACUGAACCUGGCUUUAUGUGACCUUGCUUAUCUGGCAUCUAUGGGACCCUGGGCUGUCUACAUUAGCUCCGACUACCACUGGAAAAUUGGCCAUUCACUCUGUGUGGUGGUGAAAAUCCUGUACUUUGGCGGGUUGACAUCUAGUACCAUGUUUAUCUGCGCCAUCAGCACCGACCGCUUCCUUGCAAUCGUCUUCCCUCUGGAGUCCCGGAUGAUCCGGACCCCUCGGAACAGCGCACUGGUUUCGGUUCUACUCUGGGCCAUCACCGGCCUCUUCAUCUACUUCAGUUAUCCUAACAUUCUCUACUGGGUCAGGAAGGAUGGCAUCCAUGUGUGUGGAGCAGUGGUGAUCUCCAGGUUCAGGACCACUGAAGCAACCUACAAUCUUCUGUCCUAUUACUCCAUUCAGGUUUCUGUCCCAUUGCUCCUCAUCAUUCCCUCCUAUGUGAAGAUAAUUUCCCGGAUGAAGCAGUCACGGCAACAGUGGGGCCCAGGCAACAUGCAAGGCCUGGACAAGACCAUCUGGCUGAUUGCAGUUUUCAUUGCCAACUUCUUGGUUUGUUGGGUGCCAGGGCAGCUGCUUCACAUCAUCGCCUGUAUCAUUUUCUUCAGUUUGGAUCACUGCAAAAAUGCUUGCUGGGUUGCAUGGAUGGUCAACCUGCUCUCUGAAGCCUCCCAGAUACUGUACUGUCUCAAUGCAUGUCUUGAUCCUUUAAUUUUCCACAUGCAGCAAGGACACUGUGAACUGGUUGUGUUGGCAAACUGGGUUAGAAAGGUCUUACAGAUAGGCAAGAAACGAGAUUUGGAAGGGCCUUCAGAGGAACCUCCCAGUGUGAUCCAACUUCAUGGUGGUUCCAAAGACAGAAUGGGCAAAACUCAAAAUAAUAAAAAUGAAAAUGAGAAAAUGAAAAAAUGAUAUUUUAAAAGACCUGCCACACUUGUCGAUUUGAACAAUGGUGAGUUGAUGUAUCUUAAUGUUUUAAUAUUCUUGUGGUUGUGUUUUCAUGCUUUGUGUGUAUAAUUUCCUAUAUUGUAACCAUCAAUGUAAGAUUUUACUGAUAUAGUUGUUUGUUAUAGAUAAAAGGUGCAUCUUG